UUACCUUCAGUACAUAACGCGGCAUUCGAGGUCGCGCACGCGGGCGUUUAUUCGAAAAAAGUUAUCGAUACUUCCUUCCGAACGCACACGUCACUAUAUCGUAUUCCAGCGGGAACAUUCGAUUUUCGAAAUCGCCGCCAUUGCUGUUUUAUUUUUUUAAACAUUUUUUUGUGCCAGUUCCAAUUUCGAAUUCUGUGACCACGUGUCGGCAGUAAAACCUCUUUUCAAAAACAAAAUGAAAAUUAUUCGGAUACAGCAUUAUCUGUAUUUCGCUAUAAAGUAACAAUUUUGUGUGAAAAGUGCAAGCAGUAUUAACCACGUGUAUUUUCAAGUUAACUCAUCAAAGAAUCUCAACAAUAAUGUACAAAGUUCUGCUAUUUGCCGCCGUGGCGCUGCUGUGCGACUCGCGCGCAUCCAACAUCAAUCGACAUAUGAAAAUAUUAGACAUGGACAAUCAUAUAGAGAGCAAUUUAGUACCCCGCCAACAAACAAAACGCUUCAUAACCCUAACAAAAAGACCCGCGGCCAAGCUAUCCCACACCGCGGGAACUACACUCGAACUCACUUGUGAAGCGAUCGCUGCGCCAGCGCCAUCUGUACAUUGGUUUAGGAACGACGCACCUGUUACUGAGUACGACAAAGAAUCGAACGAAAUAAUCGAUACCAAUGCCUCAUCCCUUGGGCGGGUGAGUUCGACCCUGUUGGUGUCCCGCGCGGGGCCCCGCGCCAAGUACACGUGCCUUGUUGUGUCGGGGCCCUCCACGGUGCGGGCCUCUACUGUUGUGUAUAGUGAUGAUGGCAGCACAGAGCUAUCAGAGCGUUCCAAACUGGUCCCACUAGCGCCUCGCAUUCUCGUUUCGUACAAAGUGUUCGUGGACAUAAUUGGAACUAAUGUCGCGUUGCCGUGCCGCGUGCGGGGACAUCCAAGGCCUAAUGUGGUCUGGAGGGAUAAUAAUGGAAAAGUUGUUAAGAAUGAUCAGAGGAUGAAGGUACUCCGUUCAGGCGAGUUAGUGAUAGCGGGGCUCCUCUGGGAAGACAUGGGCGAGUUUAGUUGUCACGCCAGUAAUAUAUUUGGUUCCGCUGAAAUUAAAACCUUCGUUUAUCCGGCUCGACCGGAUGACAAAGAUGGAUAAUGCUGAAGCAAAACAAAGCAAGUUUACUUAACACGAUGUUCCUGUUACUUAUAAGAGCACUUCACACGAACGGCGAAACGCUGCGUUUUUUAUAUUUAUUUUUAUUGUUUUUUAAACGAAUCUUCCUAGAAUUUUACACAUUUGUAUUUUAUGAAAUAUAAUAUUGUAUUUAAGUAAAUAUUUCUGACCAAUAGUAUUGUGAAAUAAAACGAAAUACAAUAAGAAAAAUGAUGUUCAAAUUAUGAAUGAAAAUACCGUUUAAAAGUAUUUGUAUUCUUGGUUCUAAGUAAAUCUAAGUCAACUUAAACUUACUUAGAACAAAUAGAUUUUGGUUUAACAAAUAAAAGUAGGAUUUUAUCAAUAUUGUGACAUACAGUACAAAAACCUAUCUACAUAGUACAUAUUAUAAUAAAAACGUAUAGGUAUAUUAAUGUUUUUAAAAGAAAAUGUAUAUCAAAAUUAUUUUGUUGCUAUUUCUUUUUGAAUAUUCAAAAUUGUAUUAACGUAGUCUAUUUUUAUGUUUUUCACUCAUUACAAACUGUAUACCACCACGUCUUACUUUAGUCUAUCGAAAUGUUAAAAUCCAUCAAAAUCGGUUCAGCCGUUCUGUUGUUAUAACCCAACAUACUGUCGCAUUUAUUUUAAUAUAAACUUGGUGCGGCUGGUCCCGCCUAUAGAGGCUUCCAAUUUUUGCCUUUAAAAUAUAUAAAAUUGUUAAAAUGAUAA